CUCACUUUCUCUUCAUCCCACUAUGUCUACACACAAGCUACCAGCAUGGUUGCCUUUAUCUUUUACACUCUCUCAACAUUUGGCUGAAAACGAACUGCAUAAACGAUACUUGUCAGCAACAGAACAAACUUAUUUUCAAGACGCUUUGGUGUCUUUUACAACUUGGAUAGCCUUUAUCAAUAUACAAGAGAAAAGUGACUUGUGCACCACAGCCUUUCGUGUACGUUCUAUGCUUUAUGAACAAUUGAUACCCCACCUUUUUCAUCACCGCAAAUCGUGCUGUAAAGCACUAGAACUUGAACCUUUAUUGGAGAAAGCGCGACAGCUAAAAAUACCACCAGAAACAGAGAUAGCACAGGCUCUACAAACAUUUGUAGAAGCGCAUGUUUUUAUAAAGAAAGAAGAGUCAGAACAGCAAAUGCUAUCGCCACCACCUUCCACACCUCCACCAGCGGCAAUAGAGACGAUAGAAUCCAUAGAACCAACUCAGACAGCAGAGCCAGUACCGCAGGAGAAUGAACAGAACGAGACAAAUAACAAAUCAGAAAAAAAAAUACAUGAGGAUCAAGUUACAGACCCAAAAAUAGAAGAAAGCUUUAUAGUGAGUGAUGAUGUCCCUCUGAUAGACAUAUUUCAUACACUUGAGUUUGACAUGCCAGCUAUGAUAGAACAACGCAAAUUAGAAGAAUUCGAAGCACAAGAGCAACUAAACGAAGCCGAAGAAGAAAAAGAAAACGCAGCAGCCAAAUCACUACAAAUGUUUAAUGCGGACGGCAAUUUUAAUUUAAAGUAUCUUUUACAAGGCAUUGUGGCAAACAGACAGAAAACAUCAUUAUCUGAUCGAGAAUUACAAAACUUGUUAUCUGAUUUUAAACCACAUCGAUCCAAAUGGGCAAACGAUGAUCGUGUGGGUCAAGAAGAGUUGUACGAGGCUUGCGAAAAAGUAUUGACAGAUCUAAAGAAUUACACUGAACACUCUACACCCUUCUUAAACAAAGUGAACAAGCGUGAAGCACCAGAUUAUUUUGAUGUCAUUGAGAAACCAAUGGAUUUAGGCACAGUAACGAAAAAGAUGAAGAACCUGGCAUACAAAUCCAAAAAGGAAUUUGCUGAUGAUCUCUUUUUGAUCUAUGAAAAUUGUCUAGCCUAUAAUACAAAUUCAGCCAGCGAGUACAGAAAACAUGCCAUUGCUAUGCGAAGGAAAACAGAACGCCUAUUAUCGCGUGUGCCUAACAUUACUAUCAAAGACCUUCGACCAGACAUUGAAGAGGAGGGAGAUGACAUAAGUGAAGAGGAUGAACAAGAACCCACUACAUCUCGUAAAUCAGUAGGCAAACAUAUGGUAUUCAGCUCGAUCAAUGAACGCAAAUCUACGCCUGUAUCAGACCAUCAGUUUCGAGAGCGAUCCAUGACUCGAGGAUCCAGUGUAGCUAUUGAUCAUCAAAGUGACAUUGAAUUAACACCCGAACCCCAUCAUCAUGUUUAUGGUGGAAAAAGCAUUCAAAAAGAUCAAUCAGGCUAUGCAGAUCCAGAAGAAGAAGAAAAAAAUAUGGAGGCAGAAAUUGACGAUGGAGAAUUUCAAGACCAAGUGUGGCGAGAAAAGACAAAGCGUACAAGAGCAAAACUGACAACAGAUGUUGAAAAGCAGUAUCAGUUUCCCUUUGGAGAAAGAGAAGCACUUGUAAGGUCGAGCUUAGAUAUGGAAAGAUUUGCAAUGAUAGAGCAUUUACAUGAUAAACCUAAAUCUGUGAUGCGCUUACUGAGAUGUGAUCAUGACCGUUUUCUUAAAUGGACAGACAGACGAUCUAACCAGGCAACAUUGUAUGAUGACUUUGAUCUGGAUUCAAGUGACGACGAGAAUUUGGAUGCCUUUUUUUCGCGCAAAAUUGCAAAACCUGACAAGACAGUGGACGAUGCUGCUAGAACAGAUUUGUUUCUGCCAGAUUAUAACAUAACAACUGGUAUCCCUGAAAUAGAAGAUAUAGUGAAAGACUUGUCAGAACCUGCUUGUUCUAGUCAAGAAAAGGGAAUUGUACGCAAAUCUUCAGUAGACCUAAGCCCAGAAGCAUUACUAGCUGCACAAGGAUAUUCUUCUUUGUCUCUAGAUUUAUAUCCAGAGCUUGACUUUCCAACCUAUGGACUUAAUCCCUUAAUUGACAAGAGCAAUCAAAAGCUGGAACAAAUUCGACUUGUUUAUGCUAAAUGCAACGCUAUUCGAAACAAUGUGCCUAUAUCCUCUUUAACAGGAUCAAUUGAGCUAGAAACAUCUACAUCAAGCCAAGAACAACUCAGUAUUGUUCCUUCUUCUUCAGUCAAAGAGCGUCCACCAUUAUCUCUUAAUAGCGAAUCAGGCCAUCAAUUAGCUCAAAAGAUACUAUCCAAAAUACUUUUGCAUGCUGGUUUUGAAGGUGCUAAAGUCGGUGCAUUAAAUGUACUGACAGAUAUCAUGACAAAUUAUCUGACAAGUAUUGGAAAAACCAUGCGAUCCUAUUCGGAUAAUUACGGCCAUCAAAUGAAUGGAGAUGAAAUGCUGUCUCAUUCCCUUUAUGAAAAUGGCGUGUUGAACAUUUCUGAACUUGAGGAUUAUGUGCAUGACGAUGUUGAACGGGGAAUGCAGCGUCUGGACGAUUUGCAUCGUAGACUUCAGACUUCGUAUCAAGAUUUGCUGUCUGGCCCCAUUGAGAAAUCAACAGAAGAUGAAGAAGAGUUGCUUAAUGAGGAAGAGACAUUUAUCACUGGUAUAUUUGGUGAAGAUCUUGGUGAAGAUUAUUUUGGGUUUAGGGAACUUGGUCUGGAUCGAGAAUACAACAUGGGCUCGCUUCAGAUUCCUAGUCGUCUUUGGUUUGGCAAGAACAAAGACAAUGCCCCCAUAAAAAGCAUUAUUGCAAAGGAGCCCCAAUACCGAUUCCCCCCACCGCCCAACUUCCUUCCUGUCAAGUCUGAAAAAGCAUUUAUUGGUCUACUUCAGCCUUACUUUGCUAAAAAAUUACCAAUCGUUGAAGACGAGUUUAUUCCCAACCGUAACAAGAACCGGCCUCGUUACCCACCCACAAAUAAGAUUACAGCAGGCCGUAAAAAGCUAGCUAAAGACUCUUCUCAUUCAAAUACAGGUACAGAUCAUAAAAAAUAUAAGCGUAAACGACCAGCAGAAGAAAUUGUAGCUGAAAAGGCAGAAAAAGCCGAAAAGAAGCGACAAAAGAUGGAAGAAAAAGCCCAGCGUAUUGCAGAAAAAGAACAAAAGCGCAGGCUAAGGGAAGAAUUAAAAGAGCAAGAAAAGCAGGCAAAAAUGGAAGCCAAAGAAAAGAAGAAAUUGCUUAACAAAAAAACCAAACAACCCAAAAACACUAGUCAUCAUAAUCAUUUCGCUGAUUCACCAUCUAACCAUGUGGAAGAAGAGGAUCAGAUAUAAUAUUGUACAUAUCACAUAUAGAAAAUAAACAGGGAGAAACUGCAUAAAUUAUUAUUUUGUAGUACAAAUACACAUG